AUGGGUGAUCCUGCUCCGACUUUCGAUAUUCCCAAGGAGUGCUGGGGUGGUGUUGUGAAAAAUGAAGGUCCCGACUUCUAUGUUGAGGUAGAGAAGGUGCCUGUACCUGAAAUCGGUCCUAACGAUGUCCUGAUCAAACUCAAUGCCACUGGCCUCUGCCUCAGCGAUAUCCACUUUAUGCUGAACGACUGGAAUCUCCCGAAGAUGUCCGAGCUGGGAGUAAGAUGCGCCGGGCACGAAGGAGCUGGAGUUAUUGUCAAGGUUGGUGAGAACGUCAAGGCAUACAAGGUCGGCCAGCGGGCAGGGUUCAAACCCAUCCAAGAUGUCUGCCAUUCCUGCGAAUACUGCAAGACCGGCAGGGAGACGUACUGCCAGAAGGCCGUCUUCACGGGUGGCAUGUGUGAUGGGUCAUACAAGCAAUAUGUGGUUUCACCGGAGAACUACACUACACUCAUUCCCGACGGGGUGUCUGACUACGUCGCCGGCCCUGUGAUGUGCUCCGCGUCGACAAUUUAUACGUCUCUCAAGGAUUCCGAUCUCAGACCCGGUCAAUGGGCUGUCUUUCCUGGUGGGGGUGGCGGUGUGGGUAUCCAGGGUGUUCAGCUAGCUUCCGCAAUGGGUAUCCGGCCGAUCGUGGUAGACACCGGAGACGAGAGAAGAAAGCUUGCCCUGCAUUUGGGUGCCGAACACUUCGUCGAUUUCAAGGAAGAAGAUCCUGUAAAGAAGGUCCUCGAGAUAACGGGAGGAGGAGCUCACGGCGUCAUUGUGACCGCCGUACAAUCGUACCCCAUUGCGCUUGACUACCUUGGAGCACGAGGAGGUGGACAGAUCAUGUGCAUUGGCAUCCCUCCACACGGAAAGUAUCACAUCGACCUGGAUCCAUCGAGGCUGGUUUUCCGCAAUCAGUCCAUCAAAGGGACACUGGUCAGCAGUCUGGCCGAUAUCGACGAGACGCUAGACUUUGCCAAACGAGGUACGUGUCUCCGUCUCGAGCCCACUGUGGUAGGAUUGAGCAAGUUCAACGAAUCAGUCCAGAAGCUCAAGAACGGACAAGUGGCUGGGCGAAUUGUGGUGGACUUCAACCUGCCGUGA